UUCCCUGUAACGACGGGGACAUGUUAAUCAGGAAACACAAACUGAUGUUUUGGUUUGGUGGUUCUUCUCACUCUUGCAAUACACGCGUAGUGGAUUGACUGGUUUAAUUUUCAUUUUGGAAAAAUAUAUUCAGGUCUGAUGACACUGAAAAAGAAAAAGACAUGCUUCUUUGGGAUGCUUGAUGCGAGCUGAAGCAAACGAUGGGUGACAAGCAUAACGCUGAGGAUGUGUUUAUCGUUGUCAUUCGCCCGAAGAAUAUAGUCAGCCUGAACUGCAAAGAAUACAAAGCUAAAGCUUAUGAAAUACUUUUGAUAGAAGUCCCUCUAGAAGGAAAGGAGAAGAGAAGGAAGAAGGUUCUGUUGGGGACCAAAAUCCAAGCAGACAGUGACAUUUCCAGGUCUAUUCUGGAAUAUGUUGAUGAAACAACCAAACCUAUAUCCAACAACCAGGGUUUCAUAGGAAAGCGUGUGGUGCACAUGAAGAAAUUCCCUCUCGAUGGGGAAAGUGCGGGAAAAGAAGCCUCUUUAUUUAUUGUGCCAAUCAAUGUCAAAGACAACAGUAAGCCCAUAUGCAGUCCUGGGGCUCCAAGUUUCUAUUGUCUUCAAGAUAUCAUGCGUGUGUGCAAUGAGACCAGCACCCACUUCUCGUCCAUGACAUCCAAGAUGCUUCUAGCCUUGGACAAGUGGCUGGCAGAGCAGCACAUGGUUCCUCACGCCAUCCCCGCCCUGUUCAGACCCCCCCCAGCAGACAGGGUGAAGAUGGACGUCGGCAACCCGGCUUACGGCACGGAAAGCAAGCAGCACGACGUGACGCUCCACGUGGGCUACACGGCCCUCGAGAUCAAGAGCAAGAUGAUGUCCCUGGAGAAGGCGGACAUGUGCAUCCAGAACCCUCUCUAUGGCUCCGAUCUGCAGUACACAAACCGAGUGGAUAAGGUCAUCAUUAACCCCUACUUCGGCCUGGGCGCUCCGGACUACUCCAAAAUACAGAUUCCAAAGAGGGAGAAGUGGCAGCACAGCGUGAGCAACGUGGCAGACGACAAGGAACGGCAGUGGGUGGACGAUUUCCCGCUGCACCGGAGUGCGUGUGAAGGCGACACGGACCUGCUUUCCAAACUGCUGGACAGCGGCUUCUCCGUCAAACAGCUGGACAGUGACCACUGGGCCCCCAUUCACUAUGCGUGCUGGUACGGUAAGGUGGAGGCCACCAAGAUGUUGCUGGAGAAGGGGAACUGCAACCCCAACCUGCUGAACGGGCAGCUGAGCUCGCCCCUGCACUUUGCGGCUGGUGGGGGCCACUCUGAGAUUGUCCAGCUCCUUCUGCAGCACCCCGAAAUAGACAGGCACAUUGAAGAUCAGCAGAAAAGAUCCCCGUUGCAAGUCUGCGAGGAGAACAAGCAGAACGAAUGGGAGGAGGCAGCGAAACUGCUCCAGCAAGCCAAUAACAAGCCCUAUGAGAAGGUGCGGAUCUAUCGCAUGGACGGGUCGUACCGCUCGGUGGAGCUGAAGCACGGGAACAACACGUCGGUCCGGCAGAUCAUGGAGGGCAUGCGGCUGUCUCAGGAGACCCAGCAGUACUUCACCAUCUGGAUCUGCUCCGAGAACCUAAACCUGCAGCUGAAGCCGUACCACAAGCCCCUGCAGCACCUGCGCAUUUGGACGGAGAUCGUCUCGGACCUCACCGUGCUGGACCCCCAGCGCGAGACGCCCCAGCUCUUCCUGCGCAGGGACGUCUGCCUCCCUCUGGACGUGGAGAAGAAGGUUGAAGACCCGCUGUCCAUCCUCAUCCUGUUCGACGAGGCUCGGCACUGCCUGCUGAAGGGGUUUUACCCCUCGCCCGACAGCAAGCUCAUCACGCUGGCCGGCCUGCUGCUGCAGAUCAUCUACGGAAACUACGAGAGCAAGAAACACAAGCAGGGGUUUCUCAAUGAGGAAAAUCUGAAAUCCAUCGUUCCAAUAUCCAAGGUAAAGAGCAAAGCACACCAUUGGACGAACAGGAUUCUUCAUGAAUACAAGAACCUCAGCACGAGUGAGGGGGUGAGCAAGGAGAUGCACCACCUCCAGCGCCUGUUCCUCCUGAACUGCUGGGACAUCCCCACCUACGGCGCCGCCUUCUUCACCGGCCAGGUCUUCACCAAGGCCAGCUCCAGCAACCACAAGGUCAUCCACGUCUACGUCGCGGUCAACGCCAAGGGCCUGCACCUGAUGAACAUGGAGACCAAGAUGCUACUCAUAAGCCUGAAGUACGGGACCUUCAUGUGGCAGCUGGGUCAGGCGGACCAGUACUUCCACACCCACAGCCCAGAAAACAAAAUCAACUUCAUCGUGCACACCAAGCAGGCUGGUCUGGUUGUGAAGCUCCUAAUGAAGUUGGGCGGACAAAUAACACCGAAUGACCGACACUUGGACAAGUAUGCAUAUGUAUAAUGUAAUUGUAAGUCAAAUAUAUUGCCUUGUUCUAUUAUGUUUUUUUAUUUUGUUGCUAGACCAUUUUUCUUUUUGGAUAAUUGAAACCUUCUGAUAUUCUGUAUCAGUUUUUUUUGGGAUGGAAAAUGGUAAUCCACAGUGACACGAUUAAACAGGAAUAUGAUGUAAAACAACCGAAUUUGAAUUUUGGUAAAUCUGAAAUCGUAUUUCAUAAUUUGAAAUUGUACAUAUCGUUUUGAAAUGGUUGUUUACAUAGAAUUUGCAUUUCAUAAUUUGAAUUUGUAAGUUUUAAAAAUGAAUGCUGUGAUUUGAAUCUGAAUUUCAAAAACCUGAACUUGAAUGGAACCCAUUCUAAUACGUUUUUCAGUUUUCAGUUUCAGUUCAGUUAAAUGUUAAAUUUGAAACUUGCAAAGCUCUAUUCAACCUUUCAACUCUGAAAAAUUACACAAUUUCAAAUCCGACUCACAAAAAAUUUUCAAAUCUCCAGAAGCUUUUGAAUCUCCAAAGCUUUCAGUUUGUGAAAAUCCAGGCAUUUAGGAAAAAUAUGUUCACAGAUAUCUGCUGUCACUUGCUUCUGAUUGGCUAUUCCUGAGGGCAGGAGGCUUCUGCUCAGAACAGCAACAAUCUGUGGAACUUGGAAAUUCUGUCAUGCUGACUGCGUACUUUAUUAUUAUUAUUAUUAUUAUUAUUAUUACUAUUAUUAUUAUUUUCACACCUUAGCAAAUGUAAAAGUCAUCAAAGCUACUGUAUUUAUAUUUUAACUGCUAGUCAGACUACUGUCUGUCUACUAUGUAAGUUAGACUAAUGUCGUUAUCGUUACCUUGGACAUUUAAAAGCUUUUGGAGGGUUGAAUUGAAUUGGAUCUGUUCGAGAGUUGGAAGGCUGAAUAGAGCUUGCAAAUUUGAAAAUUAUUUUUAACUUAAUGAAACUGAAGACCGAAAAAAAAAACGAUUACACUGUACAUGAAGAUCUUUCUACACACCCUUCUACUGUAACUCAUUGAACAAUUUCAUAAUGACCCUGUUUUACUUAUUUUAUUUUGAGGUUUCUAUCUCAGUUGUGUAUAUCAGUUGUGUAUUUCAGUAUUUUUAUUUCUUUUUAAGAAUUCCAUGUAUAUGUGUAUUUAACAUUUUAUCUAUCUCGUGACGUAUCUCAAUUCUCUGUAACUUCUGCUUUACUUGCCUUAUUCUACUUUAUUGCUGCACAGUUCAGUUGGGGUUAGGUGUUUUCAAACAUGCUAAAUCCAGUUUGGAGUUCUCCGUAGGACAUUAUUUCCCUUGGUUUGAUGUCUUAGUUUUGCUACUUCAAGAUGACUAUCUACCUUUCUGGUAAACCGGUACAUAAAGAGUUAAUGAAUUUUGUUUGAUUGGUUUGAUUUUGCAUUAAAAAUUGGCGGGGGCAUGGUCAGCUCUGUUACUUUACACCAGGCUGGCCAGUGGAGGAUGGGCUCCCCCUCUAUAGCCAGGUUCCUCUUGAAAUUUCUUCCCAUUUGAGAGUUUUUUCUCUCUACCGUUUGAGGAUUUUAUCCCACUGUGAGUUUUUUUUUACCCUAUGUAUUUGCUUUUUUUGCUCUGUAAUGUGUCAUUGCGACAGUUCUCUGUAAAAAU